AAAAGUUUAUGUUGAUCUAGAUUAUUUUUGAUUUAGUUCGUCGUGGAAAUUUGUAAGGAGAGGACGUACAUCAUGUCUGUUGCAUAUAAACUUGGUGAUUUAGUUUGGGCAAAAAUGAAGGGGUUCAGCCCUUGGCCCGGCCGGGUUGCCAUCCCUACUCCGGAGCUGAAACCUCCAAAGAAGGCAAUGAAUGUACAAUGCAUUUACUUUUUUGGAACUAAUAAUUACGCCUGGAUUGAAGAGCAUAAUAUAAAGCCCUACCAGGAACACAAGGAGCAGUUGAUCAAGUCCUGCAAAACCGCAGCAUUUAAGGAAGCGGUCGCCCAAAUUGAGGAAUAUAUUGAGAAUCCUGAGAAAUUCGGUGAUUUCGAUGAACACGCUCGUAACCCUGAAGAGGAAUUCGACAAACUAAAAGAUGUCAUGAAAGAGGACAGCUCCGACGAGAAACCACCGGAGGAAGAGAUCACUACCCCCGAGGUUAAGAAAAAGAGCGCCACGCCUAAGAUACGUUUGGGCAUUUCAAAGGUGAAGUCUAUCAAGCGCUCAUCCUCGACCGGUCUCAAGGGGACGCCACGCAAGAAGGUUAAGAGCAUCUCCCGCUCGUUCACGGACAGUGACAUGGCGAACGAGAAACCUUCCAUGUUGAAUCACUCGUUUUCGAAGAAGUCCAGUCUCUUGCAUCGUCCAUCGAAUAUACUGAGACCUGAGACGCCUCCGCUGGACUUGGAGAACGUAUCGGAGACGCUGCUGGAGAAGAACAUCAAGGCGAGCCAGAUGAAGUUCGGCUUCCUCGGGCUGGGCAUCAUGGGCGGCGGCAUCGUGAAGAACUUGCUGAACUCGGGACACAAGGUGCUCGUGUGGAACCGCACCGGGGCCAAGUGUAAAGAUUUCGAGAAGGUUGGCGCCACGAUUGCUGUAACACCCUGCGAUGUUGUUGAAGAAGCGGAUAUCACAUUCUCUUGUGUUGCCGAUCCACAGGCUGCUAAGGAGAUGGUGUUCGGCAAUUGCGGAGUCCUUCACUGUCCAUCUCUAGAAGGCAAAGGCUAUGUAGAGAUGACGUCCAUCGACGCCGACACGUCGCACGACAUUGUCGAAGCUAUAAGUGGGAAGGGAGGCAGAUAUCUUGAAGCUCAGAUCCAGGGCUCCAAGACGCAGGCGGAGGAGGGCACGCUGAUCGUGCUGGCGGCGGGCGACCGCUCGCUGUUCGACGACUGCCAGUCCUGCUUCAAGGCCAUGAGCAAGAACUCCUUUUACCUCGGUAGCGAGAUCGGCAACGCGUCCAAGAUGAACUCCGUGCUGCAAGUGGUGGGCGGCGUGUCGCUGGCGGCGCUGGCCGAGGGGCUGGCGCUGGCCGACCGCGCCGGCCUCAGCCAGGCCGACCUGCUCGACGUGCUGGCGCUCACGCCGCUCGCCUCGCCGCACCUCAUCCUCAAGGGCAGGGCGAUGAUCGAGUCGUCGUAUUCCACCCACCAGCCGCUGACUCACAUGCAGAAGGAUCUGAAACUGGCCCUGGGGCUGGGCGACGCGCUGGAGCAGUCGCUGCCGCUGACGGCGACGACCAACGAGAUCUUCAAGCACGCCAAGCGCCUGGGCUACGCCAACCACGACGUGGCGGCCGUGUACAUCCGCGCGCGCUUCUGAUCUGUGGAGGCGUCUCCCCCCCACCUCCUACCUUCCAUAUGAGCGUCGCCACCGUUUCCACCCCCAUCGUGCCGCGUGAAUGGCGCGUCGUAUAUCGUCGUCGUGAGAGUAAUCGUUGACUGUAAUGAGCGAUGUAGACCAAUGGAGCGAUAGAACAGUGCAUAUAUACAUUUAUUUUAUUGUCUCGCCGUCGGUUCGUUGUCGCAUCUCAAUAUUUCUCAAUGUUGUAAUGUUGGUCCCCCGUGUUAUAUUAACGAUUCGUUUGAUCGAUGUUAACCGUAAGUUUGAGGAGUUAUCGACGAUAUUAAAAGAAUUACUUGAUUUAUAAUUUAAGUUAUCUUAAUGAAAUGAUAAUAAAAUCGAUUUUAGUACA